AUUUAAAAAUUAAUCCCAAUUGUUGCCUUGUUUUGCACUACGAAUAUUUAGAGUGAAAAAGAACACAAAGAAACGUGAUAAAACAUGCAAACUGCUGUCGAUUGCAAUGGCAGCAGCAGCAAUACAACAACAAUCAGCACCACCAUCACUACCACAACAACCGAACAUGAUAAUAACCCAAAUGGUACGAUGACACAACACCACCAACAGCAGCCGCAGCAGCAACACCACCCUCACCACCAACCGCACUCUCUAAUGCAUCCAACACCGGAAACGGAAAACACAAAUAUUUUAAGACACCGUGUUAAUACAACAAACACCAAUAAUGGCACUCCAAGCAGUGCCAUCACUGCUACCAAAAAUGGUUUAUCACAUCUUAUAGAUGCAGCCGAAUACACGGGCAGUAAUGUGGAAUGUAUGUCCGUAACGCCAUCAUCCUCAACCCAUGCAUCGCCCUCCAAGGGCAGAAAACUUAAAGGCGAACCAUUAAAAUUGGUAGCUACUGCUGACGGCAGUAUUAUGCCCACGAUCUUCAUUCCCACGCCCCUUCAGGAUACGUACAAAACAAAUACCUCAUCGGAAUCAUCGUCAUCAAAAACUGCAUCGAAUUCUACAUCAACGACAUCGUCUGUGAUCGCUACGCCAGUACUCAAGCGUAAUGGCAAUAUCUUCAAAGGCCAGGAACCUGAGGAUCGAGCCGGAGAUGAAGACACACAUGAAGACAAUAUACCAAAUCGAAAGCAUGUUAUUCAGGCAGCCACAAUUGCAACUGAAGAUAGUGGGGGCAGAGAGGAAAAUGCUAAGAAACCUGUAGCUAAAAUUGAUGUUGCAGCUGCCGAAGAGUGCAAACAAUUUAGGGAAUGUAAUAAUAAGCAAUUAUUAACAAAUCAAAUGCUUCCAUUCGAAAACACUUCCUCAACAAUAACAACAAUAAUUAAAAAGGAAUUGUCUUCUAGUUCAUUACCAAUGUCUUCAUCCACUACCUCGUUGUCAAUUACUACACCCGCUGCUGCGGCAUCUUCAUCCACAACCACACCAUCACCAUCGUCGUCAUCCUCCAACUCUUCAUCUUCCGCAUCUACAACAUCUGCUACACCUGCAUCUGCUACAACAACACCUGCCUUAUUAUCUACACCAUCUUCGUCAUCAUCCUCAUCGUCGCCGCCAUCCUCAUCGGCAUCGUGCUCCUCUUCGUCCGCAUCGCCUUCACCAACGUCACCGGAGUCAAAAAUUAAAGAUAUGUCAAUUUCCGGUUUAGUCGAAGCCGAACUGUUGCAGUGGCAAGAUAUGCCACAAUAUUUGCAAUUCAAUCCAUAUGUUCUUAAGGGUUACCGUCCAUUGCAAACAUUCAAGGGCUGCCUGUUAAGUUUGUUUUAUUGGCACAACGAAACUAUUAACAUUUUAACACAUGCUAUACCUAUAGUUUAUAUACUGGCCAUUGUACCUGGUCUUAUGCCCUGGCAUAGUGGUUAUCGUUUUCUUUCAUUUUGCCAUGUUUUCGGUUCGGUGGCACCCUGGUGUGGCAGCUUUGUUUAUCAUCUCUUCAUGAAUAUUGAACGUGGCGAAAAUGUGUAUUAUAGAUUGCUGAAAUUGGACAUGGUGGGAAUAUGGGUCAGUCAGAGUUUUGGUGCUCUUCCUUUGGUAACGGCCACCACGUUUUGUUUUACGAAUAAAUGGAAAUGGUUGAUUAUAAUGUCAUAUUGUGUUUUAUCAUUAUGGGGCUUAUAUAAGGCCUUAACAGCCAGUUCACCUUGGCAGCGACGUUUGUGUUUCGCCUUGCCCUUUACCAUGCGAUCGAUUUUAACAUUUUUCCGCACCAUGGGUCUAGUGGGUGGCAAUAGAGUUGCAUUGGAACAUGUUUACCUGCAGGAUGUUGUUUCCAUAUUAGGCGGUGCAAUUGGCGCUAUGCGUAUUCCAGAAAAAUGGUUUCCAGGUUUGGUUGAUUUCUAUUUAAAUUCCCACAAUAUAAUGCAUGUCUUAGUUGUCGUUGCUGUCUAUUCAAUGCAUAAGGCAACUGUUAAAGAUUUCGAAUGGAUGGAGUCAACAAAUUGUGAUGCCUUUGUAAAUGUCACUAGUAAAGUACUUGAAACUACCUUAAAUACGAAAAUAGAACUAUGACCAUUUGAAUUCAAUACCUUAUUAAAUUAUUAUAAUCGUUUUUUAUUUCUAUUAAGUUUUAAUAGUUGAAAAUAUUUCUAGACACUAAAUAAAAUAAAUCUACUUAAAACUUAAGAACUAAAA